ACAGAGGGCUGAGUGGUGUGAUGGCUUUAUUCGGCUUCCUCAUCCUGACCUCCUUGUGUAUUGUGGGCCGAGAGGCCCUCACCAUAGAUGACUGCAGAGCAUACGCCAGAAGACCAGAAUACACUGAUAUUGCAGUGGUGUGUGGGACGUCUGCCAUUGAGCUGCGUAUUCAGGUCUGUCCUGUUGUUUACACUGGAUACAAUGAAAGCUUACUGAUCCUGAACCGUGUCCGGGACAAUGACGACUGUCAGGGGACGCUGGACACCUCAGUGGCACCGCCUGUGGUGAGAUUCCGUUUCCCAAUCAGAGAAGGAAACGCCUGUGGGAGUACCUUCAUGACCACAAGUGCGCCAGGGACGGGAAUAUUCGCCGACUUCUCCAAUAUCCAGACCGUCAAUGUUAGUGGAGUGGUUCGAUCAUUUGACCCAACUAUUGGGAAAAUCACCUACAAUGCAGAACUCAAGUAUUACUAUUCCUGUGCAUACCCACUGGAGUAUCUCAUCAACAACACCCAAGUGGAUGUGUCAUCCUCCUCUAUUGCUUUGAAGGACAACAAUGGGAGCUUCAUCAGUACCCUCAGUAUAAAACUGUACAAGGAUGAAAAUUUCACUGAACCGCUGAUCAUGCCACCCCUGGGAAUCGAACUGAGAACGAUAGUCUAUGUGCAAGUGCUUGCCUCCAAUCUGACAAGGCAGUACUUUGUUCAUCUGGAUCGAUGCUAUGCCUCAGUGUCCCCGCAGCCCUCCAACUCCACCUUCUUUAAUCUGUUUGUCUCGUGCUCCAUAGAUCCGAUGACCACCAUGUUGGAGAAUGGGGAUAGCCAAAAGGCUCGUUUCAGCUUCCGGGCAUUCCGCUUCAUUGAGCAGCAGAAUCAGACCAUCUCCACCUACUAUCUGCACUGCAUCACCAGGCUCUGUGAGCAAAGCACCUGCAGCUCCUUCAAGCAAUGCAACAACAGGAGGAAGAGGAAUGCUGAAACCCUGAUUGUCCCGGACAGACUCACUGCGGAGUCUGUGCUCACAGUACCUAUAGUAACCCAAGCAGAGAACAUAGUUGAAUCCAAAGAGGAGGCGCUGUCUGGUGCCCAGUCUGAUGGCAAGGGCGCGUCUGUUGGCCUGGGAAUUGCUGUGGCUGUCCUCAUUGUCAUAGGGGUGACAGCCAGUUUGGUGGCUGCAUCUUUUUAUCGAAAACUGAAGCGGCUAAGCUAGCAUCAGACUAUAAUGUUGAUGAGUAGGGGUCAGCACAGGUUAAAUGACAUGAUGUGUUUGAAAGGGUGACAUUCACAUUCACUGGUGGAGGUACAUAAUGUAUGCAGAGCUCUGCUAUACUAGAUCAAACUAUUGAUCAAAAUCCUUAAUGUUUCCAAUACUUCAAAGUCUAUUACAAGUUAUUAAAGGUAAAGUGAAGGUAAUCUACCUAUUAUGCUGCAAAGAAAGUAACAUAGAAAGCAAGCAAAAAGAAAGUUUUAUAUAUUUACAGCUGGGAAAUGAGCAAAAAUAUGUGUCAAUAAAUUUUAAUUACUGUAUUUUUGUCUCAUAUGUCAGUGUGUAAAUGCCCUUUGAUUAAAGCACUCAGACUCCCUGUUUAUAAAACAUACACUCAAUAAAGAAAAUCUGCAUCUGUGUAAUAAUCAUGAACAAGAACAGCACAGACUGUGGACUGCACAUCCUGUAAUAGUCUUUAUAAAUGUACAUGCAUACAUUAUUUUGUGUAAACUCGAGAAGACUCAGUUGGAUUAUGCUGCUGUAAUUAUAUAUGUUGCAUGUUAUAUGUAGAAAAGCAUGUGUAAUUAAUUAAAUAAUAGCUACAAACUGGUUUAUCAUUACUUUGCAUUCUGUCGGUCACACAGACUACAGGGAUGAGCAACCAAAAGUCUCAUAAAAUGCAAAGAUACCACAAGGAUGAGCGGGUAUAUUUAGUUAUUUAUGAGCAGAAAUUGCUUGAUUGAAUGAUGUAUUCAAGACUGCAUCACAUCAGGGGAAUUUACAUAGUUUUAAAUGCUGUAAUAAUGUAAUGCUGUGGCAACUGUUCUGAGAAAGUUUGUAUAUUUCCAGAAAGUGGAUGAUUACUGCUGUGUAUAUUUGUGCCAAUUUUUUCAUGUCAUGCAUGCAUAAUGACUAUUAAAGCUUGCAAGAUAUGAAACAAGAGGGUAUGUUUUCUAACAGCAGUCACUCACCUGCAGUCUACAAUAUACAUUACAUUCUGUGAACAAUUGUUAGACCUUGACCACAUGAAACAGUUUUUGAAAUACAAGAGGGGUCUGGUUAUCCUCAGUUCAGUUUAUAAUUUUAGGGGAAAUGAAAAGGAUUAAUUUAUCACACUCGGUAUAACUGGCACACACUGUUGUUUUAGAGCUGGAGAAAUGUAAAUUGCACAAAAAGUGGAGCUG